GACAAGGAUGAGGCCGAAGAGGAGGAGGGCGAGGAGGGGGAGGAUAGGGAGGAUGAAGAGGAGGAGGGGGCGAGGAGAGGGAGGAGGGGAAGGAAGAGGAGGAGAAGGAGGAGGAGGAGGAGGAGGAGGAGGAGGAGGAAGACGAAGAAGUAGAAGACAAGGAGGAGGGCAGCACGGAUACAAUGAGGAGGGGGAGGAGCAGGAGGAGGAGGAGGAGGAAGACGAAGAAGUAGAAGACGAGGACGAGGAGGAGGAAGAGGAGGACGAUGACGAGGAAGAGGAGGAAGAGGACGACGAGGAGGAGGAGGGGGAGGAGGAAGAGGAGGAAGAGGAGGAAGAGGACGGGGAGGAGGGGGAGGAGGGGGAGGAGGAGGAAAAGAAGAGGAGGAGGACGAGGAGGAGGAGGAGGAGAAGGACUCGGGGAAGAAGGUGGAGGAGGAGGAGGAGGAGGACGAUGAUUAGAGGGAGGAGGAAGAGGAGGAGGAGGAGGAAGAGGAGGGGGUUAAGGGGGACGACGUGUGUUACCUGGAGGAGGAAGAUGAGGCUCCUGGUGAUGGAAGAGGACGAGGAGGAGGAGGAGGGGGAGGGGGAAGAGGACGAGGAGGAAGAGGAGGCGGAAGAGGACGAGAAGGAGGAGGAGGACGAAGAAGAAGAGGAGGACGAGGAGGAGGAGGAGGAUGAGGAGGAGAAGGACUGGGAGCCAGAAAAGAUAACUUUAGUCAUUCAUCACACUGGUUUGGGCAUUUCCUCUGAAGAGAUCACGCUGGACAUAGGAGGGGGGCAGUUCGGCAGUAAAGGGGUCACCAUGGAGCGCCUUGACUCUCAGGCUGCAUUUUCACAAUCCGGAAUGCUUGGAAAAGAUAAGGAUUAUGAGAUAGAGGAAAGAGAAAUUUUAUUUGGGGAUGGCAGUGCGCUAGCCCUUCUGCAAGCAAGACGAGCUGAAGAUGGUGUGUUUGAGGUCACAGUGUUUGCAAAGUAUUAUAUUGUGAAUGCCACAGACAUUCCACUUCUUUGCGUUGCAAAGCAGAAACAGGCACAGCAAAGGCCACAGCGGAGGGGCUUCUUUCGACGAGCUGUACCAGUAAAAGUUAAGCCAGAAUGGCCUGAGGAUAGAUCUGCUGCUGGAAUUCAUGGCUUCAGUCCUGGGUCUCGCACUCCUUGGCUACACAGUUCCCAGACUUUGUUACUCCGGAGGCCAGAGCCGUCAUCGAGGCAUGUAGUUCUGGACCUUGAUUCCAUUGGUGGCCUUACUGAGAUCAGCCUCACCCGCGCAAUGGAUGAGAACUUGGAUGAACGGUUCACUCUGGGAGUGCAACUUGGCGGCACACAGAAGGAAAUGGCACAGGACAUCAGUGUGUCCCGCAAUGUUAGACUUGCCCCAAGAUAUGUCGUUGUCAAUGAAGGAAAUGAACGACUUUAUGUUUGCCAGGAUGGCUUUCAGGAUGACCCCUCUGCAUCAUUGAUUUUGGAACCAGGUGGGAGACGGCCACUCUUGAUGCGUGUUGGAAACCCGAAUUCGAGUGGGGAGGACGAUACCAGUGAGAGUCCCCGAGUCGCUGGAAGGGGAUAUCUGAGGGAGGAGACAACUCUUAGCAGCAGAUCGGAUGGCUUGGGGUCUGACAGCGGCACAGCUGAUCUCAACCUCAGAGUGUGCAUUCGGCCUCAAGGAAGUGCUUGGCGAUGGUCAGGGCCUGUUCAAGCAGGGGCUAUAGGGUCCUUCACACUCAGGGUCAAAUCAAGUUCUCUUGGUAGCAGCAGAGAUGCCAUGAAGCGCCGAGGUGCCAUAACUUCGAGGUUUGUCUUAGCCAACGUGGUGGACGAGUCGCCAACUCUGGUCAUGAGGUUACAGUUGCAGGGUGCAGAAUCUGCAGUACCUUACCGGAUCGAGAAUCACCUUCGGCGCGGAAGCAUCGCAUUUGCACAGAAGGGAUUAACAGAGAUGGAGUUCCUCGGACCAGGUGAAACUACUGGAUAUGUAUGGGACAACAUCAAGCUGGACCGGCGUUUGGUUGUAAGCAUAGCUGGAACACAACUUCAUCAGGAAAUCAAUCUUGAUAAGAUUAAGUCAAGGCGGGUCUUCCGGAAAGCUAUUUUCGACAAACUGCUUAUGCCUUUCAGAGGCCUUGGAUAUUGGGGCUCCCAAGAUGAAGGACACGAUGAGGGAUCCGAGGAGGCUGACGGGCAGCAGGAUGAGCAGCGGCGAAUAAGCUAUGAGGUCUAUGCGGAUGGGCCGACACGUGUGCUGCUUAUCAGUGAGGGUAAACUUCCUGAUAGAGGGACGUUGACAUUCAAAGGGUCCGGAGGGAACAGGACGAUGACAGAACUGUGGCUUCGACUAGAGAUUACAACCUUGACUCUCUUGGAGAGAGAGCGGCAGAAUGGCUUCCGCAGGAACAUCAUUGGUGCAGCUUCCUCAGUCCUUUCGGCAUCUCCAAUUGAGGCACUAUCUGUGGCGCCAUUGCGUUUCUCCCCGCUUCUCUAUCUCCGGAUUAUGGCCGUUAAUGUCGAGUACCUGAACACCCUUGAAUCCAUGUCCUUUGAGCUGCAGGUGGAGCGGGUGGACAUUGACGUGAAGUUGGAAGGCACCACAAAUCCUGUGCUUUUGCGGCCUCACAAACCUUCCACACGUGUUCAGAGGUCUCCAGUUGGAGCUCAGUCAAUUUUGGAGAUGGCCUUCGUAGUCUCGAAUCGUGUCAAGACACCAAUGCAUGUCCAAUAUGCUUCUUUUCUGAUGAGGCCUUGCAGGGGUGGGGCGGAUAUCACGGCCGCCUUAGAGGACCUUCAAGGUGAGUGGUCGGCAAGGGACCCUCGUGAGUCCUGGGUGGCACUGAGUAGAGGUCCUAGAGGGGAGCACUUCAUUGUGGAAGUUGGUGUGGGUGGUCGCAAGUGCGGGGCCUUCGUAGACAUUGGCUCCACGCGAAACUUCAUAAGUCGCAACUGCGUUGACAGACUGUGCCUAAAAGACCGGGUGCAGCGCCUUAGUAGACCGGUAGCAUCUACUUUGGCCAACAAAGAGCGCAUGAUGGUGGAGGACUACGUUAAAGAUGUAGUCUGCACCUUGUCCUACCCAGGAGGAGUGAUAAACCAUAAGAUAUCAUUCCUGGUGAGCGACGAGUUGCCCUUUGACAUGUUAUUGGGCAUGUACUACCUCGAGGUUGCCAAGCCCCAGUUCGACUGGGACAAGAAGGUGUUGAAGCACGAGUUGCCUAAUGGGAGGACCGUUAGACUGGCCAAGUAUAAAGCCAGUAGGUUCAUAGACUUCUAUGGGUGCUUAUGCGCAUUAGCUUUCUAUAAUUAUUAUAAACAGAACCAAGAGGAAGGAAUGUACUUAGUCUAUGUCUCUGCAAAAGGGGAGGCCGUUAAAACACCCCGAGAGAUAGAGACCAUCGUCGUCGCUAAGUACCUUGAUCUGUUUGAGGAGCCGUCAGGAGUCGUAGAUAGGGAGGUUGUCCAUGCCAUAGAGAUCAUCCCAGGUAGCAAGACACCUAAAGGGAGAAUCUAUAGGAUGGCUCCAGCCGAGUUGGACGAGCUUCGUCGGCAACUGAAAGAGCUCACAGAAAAGGGUUGGAUACGGCCUAGCACUUCCCCCUUUGGCUCAUCAGUUCUUUUUGUUCCAAAGAAAGGAGGAACACUAAGGAUAUGCAUUGAUUAUAGAGGCCUCAAUGCUAUCACUGUUAAGAACGCAAAGCCUCUACCACACAUCGACGACCUAUUGGAUAGGGUGCAGGGAUGUACAUUCCAGCACGUCAUGAAUAGGAUCUUCCAUGAAUACUUAGAUAAGUUCGUUGUCGUGUACCUCGACGAUAUACUUAUCUUUAGUAGAACUUUCGAGGAGCAUGCUCAGCAUGUAUACAAAGUACUUUCACUCCUUCGGCAACAUAAGUAUAAGAUAAACGCAGAGAAAUGCGAGUUCGGUCGCGCUCGAAUCUUGUACUUGGGUCAUGAAGUAUCCGCGGACGGGAUUAGGCCCGAAGAUGCGAAGGUGGCUAGCAUUGGGGACUCGCCACGAACCCUGUCUGUGACUGAGGUUAGAUCAUUCUUGGGAAUGUGUGGUUAUUAUCGCAACUUCGUGAAGAACUAUAGCACGAUCCAAUCUCCCUUGACUGAUCUAACUCGACUUGACACACCAUGGGACUGGACCGACGAGUGUGAGGCAACUUUCAAACGUUUGAAGCAUGCUCUCGCACACCAUGAGGUUCUCAUGGUACCCGACCUGCAAAGACCAUUUGUUGUAACCACUGAUGCAAGCCAAUACGACAUUGGCGUAGUGCUGACUCAGCAGGACGGGAAAAAGUUGAAACCGGUCGAGUACAUAAGCAAAAAGAUGUCAUCAAAGAAGUUGGCAAAGUCCACCUACGAGAGGGAACUCUACGCUCUCUACAAGGCACUUGUCCACUGGAGGCACUAUCUGUUAGGAAGGUUCUUCUAUUUGAGAACUGACCACCAGACCCUCAAGUGGAUCAAGACACAACCGGUUCUCUCCGAUGUACUCAAACGUUGGAUUGAAGUCAUAGAUCAGUAUGACUUCAAACUAGACUAUGUGAAGGGAGAGUACAACAAGGUUCCAAAUGCGUUGUCUAGAAGGGAAGAUUACCUGGGUGCGCUGAUUUCUGAGUUUGACCUAUCUGAGGACGUGACUCGAUCUAUGGAGGAAGCCUACAAGGAAGAUCCCAUCACGAUGGACAUCAGGCUAAAGACAAGGCCACCACUGAUGAGUUUAGAUGUAAGUUUCACAAGCGAGAUGUGGAAGAAGGCCGCUGAACAGAUGGGCAGCCAACUUCAGAUGACUUCUGGGAAUCAUCCCGAAGCAAAUGGGCAGGCUGAACAGAUGAGCCGAGUGGUGCAGCAUCUGGUGAGGCAUUACAUCAAGCACAGCCAGGAUGAUUGGGAUGAGAAAUUACCUCUCAUCGCCAGCCUGUACAAUAACGCUGUACACAACACCACUGGCGUCAGUCCUAAUCAACUGCAUCUGGGGUGGAGGCCUAGAUCUGCUCUAGACUUCCUCCUGCCUGAAAACCGAACUGCUGCAACUCCUGGAACCAUUGAAUUUGGUGUCCAGUAUGGGAAACUGUUGCAGCAGACUGUCGAACGCGUCAAGAAAUCUCAGGAAGUCAUGAUUGCUUUUGAGAACAAGCGUCGCCGACAGUCCACAUUUCAGGUAGGGGAAUGCGUCUGGGUCAAGGCUAGUGAGUUGGGACAGGAGUUUGGCAUCUCUAGGAAACUAAUGCCUCAGUAUUUCUGUCCCUGGGAAGUCCUGGACAUUGUGGGGAAUGAUUUGGAUGGUCCCUCGUACGUCAUUCGUAUCCCUGGUCACUUACGCACUUACCCUGUUUUUCACGCCUCCAAGCUUGCACCUUUCAUUGAGACAGCACAGUUCCCAUCACGGAGAUCUAUGCUGCCCCCAACCAUGGAUGGCCACGUGGACGUCGACGAUAUCCUGGAUCACAGAGACACGCCUGUUCCCAAGGCACCUGGCAGGGGAAGACCUCCCAAACCUGCGAGGGAAUACAUAGUACAUUUCAGGCAUCAUACAGAUGCGAAGGAAGAUCGAUGGAUUUCAAGGGAGGAACUUGUCAAGACAGUUCCUCAGAUCAUGGCAGAUUAUGAGAAGAAACUGAAGGGGAAGGCACCAGCAUGAAGCAUCUCAGCGGACUUUCGAAG